AUGCCAAAACAAAUGCGUCGCAUGUUCGCCUACAUUUUGGUGUUUUGCCAAGUUGAAGAUGCACAUCGAUUGUGGAAUGAAUUCAAACGUUUUAUGAUCGAAGACUUCACACGCCAAGGAAUAGAAGAACGUGACGCCGAAGUCAGAGCAUUUCAAAAGAUUCAAUGCAUUCUGAUUGUAAACGGUCGAAGACUGUCACAUUUUGGUCUAGAAGAUCCUCCAGAAUACAGACCAAAUGUAAUCCAGGACGAGAUCGACGAGGCCCGAGAAAGACAAAGAGAAGCAAUGAUUGAACAGUUGAACGCUGAUCAACGUGACGUCUUUGAUAUUGUCAUGAGAGCUGUUGAAAAUGACGACAAAAAUCGUCGCUACUUUUUUGUGAGCGGUGCGGCUGGCACCGGAAAAACAUUCCUCUACAACACACUGAUCAGAGUUUUGAAUGGUCGAAGAGAGAAUGUAAUCGCUGUUGCUUGGACGGGCAUUGCAGCGUCUCUUUUGAAAAAUGGACGAACAGUGCAUAGUCGAUUUCGAUUGCCAGUUCCGAUAACAGAAAAUUCGACGUCACUUUUGAAAGCUCAAUCAGACGAAGCGACAGUCAUUCGCGAUGCAAAACUUAUCAUUUGGGACGAAGUAACAAUGACAACACGAACAGCUUUUGAAUUAGUCGAUCGUACAUUGAAAGACUUAUGUCGCAACGAUCGUCUUUUUGGAGGCAAAUGUGUCAUUCUUGAAGGUGAUUUCAAACAGUGCCUUCCUGUAGUCCAAAAUGGAGAUCGCACUGCGAUCGUCGCAAACUGCAUAAAAUCAAGCAUUCUUUGA